CACGACCUUACGGGGAUAGCAAGGUAAAGAAACACAAAAAAAUGUGCGUAAUGGAUGUACCCUGAAUCAGUUACACGUGAAUUUCGCGAGAUGGGCAUUUCAGGUAAAUGAUAGGUAAGAACUGAACCAUAAGUAUUACUACAACUUAUGUUGGCCUAGGGCUUGUGAAGUUCACUCGCAAAUUUUCAUUUGAUAAUACACCUACAUAUUAGGCUGUUACGUGUCUGUUAUUUAUGGGAAUGUCAGGUGGAGAUGAUAAGUAAUGUUACACAAGAUGCUGGAUAUUUAAUAAACGACCAUAGUUUUUUUAGCCGCUGUAGACCUUUAGAGAAUGAAAGAGCAGAAGUUAGUUUAAAUGAAGUUGAGAAUGAAAGGAUGAAGCAUGUUGUGUUAUUUCUAUUGUAUGGGAUCUUCGUCACAUGUAAUUGACCGAUUAGUUUCGUUUUGACAUGUCUAUCAGGCUUACAGCAUGUGACGAAUGGAACUUAUAUGUUAAUAUCACUUUUCUUCAAUGAAACCUUAAAACUUUCCUGUAUUGUAUGUUUGUCUUUAAUUUUUUACGCCAGUAAAUAUUGUGAUACGUAAUAACAUUUGGGCCUUAACACAUUCAGUUUACAAGGAAAUGACUCACGACGAAAUUGAUUAAAUUCAAAUAAAUGAAAAAAACUUCCAAUUUAAAUUCAAAUUGAAGAUACACACUACCAGUUGAGGAUAUACACUACCAUGCUUUCAUAAAGAAAAUCGGCGUACCACGACCAGUAGCCAAAACGAUUUUGUUUAACCUCUGAAUAAAUCUGAUUGUUCCCAUUAAUUGCUUUGUAACCUAAGUAAAUGAUUAAAUAUGUAAACCGGAGGAAUUUAGUUGUUUGUUUUUAAUUUGCGUGUAUCCAGUGUCAUCUUUGACAUGUAGCUACCUGAAGGAGUAGGAUGGAUACUGUCAUGUUUAUAUGCAGUGCAAUAAAUCAAGUGUAUUAAGUGCAAUAUGGAUUAAUAUGUAUAAGAUAUUUAAAUGUUAAUGGUACUAGUUAACGGCAAUUUAAACUAAGCGACUACCGAUUGUAUUGUUCCAACAUGAAAUGAUUCGACACCCCGCCACAUGUUACUCAUUAUAUUCAUGUAGUUUUUAUUGUUUCCAAUACGUUUUGCAUUGAAGACUGAUUUGUGCCAAGUAGGAUUACUUAAAUAACAAUGCUAUCAAAACAUAUUGUUACAUAUCUUCAUGAUUCUAGCGAUUCUUUUGCAAUGCGUUCAUUCAGUUAGAGGUGUCUAUUGAAUAGACUGUGUAUUGUUAACCGACCACCGAGCACACCACAAAGAACGGGUCUAGUAAGUUAGCUUCUAACAUGCACUGUCAUGGCGACCUGUAUUCGUGACGUCACACAUCCGGGCAGUAAAUUCAUUAUACAUGUGGUAAAUUUGUAUUAAUGUGUAGUUUAAAUGAAUAGUAUAGCACGAAUAUGAAAAUGGCGUCUAUAUUAUGUUUAUUGAAGAUUCCUGUUUAUACGGUGAGUACAUAUUUGUCGAAAUUCAUAAUUGUAGCUGUUGGUACACUUAUUAUUAUUAUUAUUAUUUUAAUUUAAUAGAUAUGUAUGUGCUUGUAUAAUAUACACUUAUACAAUGCAGUGAAGUGUAAUGUGUGCUUGUAUAUAUAUGAAAACAAUUUUCGUCAGUAAUUGCAUGCUAGAAUUAUGCAGAUUUGUGAAGUUCAUGUGUCAUUUUGAGUACAUUAUACCGGGGUAUAUUACUUUCCGGUGCCAUGUCAAUUGUCGCAAAAAGCUGUCGUCAGCAUCUCAAUGUUAUACCAUCACUCGUAAUACAUGUUUAAGUAUUCCAAUUAGUUUAUACUAGCUUCGGGAUGUAAUGGCCGAGAUAAGUUUGAUGAUUUAUACAUACAAGCUUUUAAAAUUCCAUUUCAUCAGAACAUUCAUUAGUAUAACACCGUUUUCAUAUGCAUGUAUUUUCAUGAGGGUAUUUACAAUGUUAGAUAUUACAUGGUAAACACAGAAAGAUUUUGUUUUACUGAAUUAUGGCCUGAUCACAUGGUGAUAUGGUUGGAUUCGAAGGAGGUACAGGUUUAAAAAAAAGAACGAUUCAACGACUCAUAAUGACCUGGUAUCGUCUGAUGAAGUGUAUCGGUAUUUGCCCUUAAAGUAUAGUUUAAUAUAUGGAUUUUUAAAUAGAUCAAAAUUAAUUAAUAUAAUUAAUACAGUACGAACUUGAUGAAUAUAUCCAUGCCCACAUCGAUUCUAUGACUGAGUCAAUGGACAGAAUGAUACGAGUUAUCUGUAUCGGACUAUUAAACGAGUGCAGCAUUGUAGUUUUAAGUGGUUAUAUAAGUAAUUACUUAUACAAUAUAUUUUUAUUUGUUAUCGCGGUCGUUAAUCAAGGUAUACAGUUUCUCUUUGAAUAAUGUCUCAAAUUAAUUGAGGUUACGCUACACCAGGGGUCAAGCCAAUAUCCAUGUUUUGUAUCAUAUCUCUGCACAUGCACUGAUGUAAUCUUUUACACUCUUUCACAGGGUGAAGGGUUAAUGACAUCAUAACAACGGAGGCGGAUAUCGUAACAAGGAACACUAUCGUCUUUAUAUAAAAAUAUGAGAUGACGGAAUAUAUUAAUCAGUUUCAUAGCUUCAGAUGUGACGUAUAUCGUACCUCUAUUCGUGUCGGUUCUCAUUGAACAAAUGCACAGAUGCCGGGGACUGGAUCCGCCGGAAGACCAACACUUGUUAAGCCACCUCGUCUCCAGUCCUCCACCAAACUCCCCAAAGGUUUGGAAGAUGGAGGACCACCGGAGACGAACAGGAAGGCGCCUUCCCGUAUCGGGAGCGCGGUCAGUGUGGCAAGUACGUCGCGUAUGUCCGAAAAGGAUGCUGCUGGUCUCAUUACUGACUUGACUCGCCUGAAAGCGAUCACACAUGACAUUCGUAUUCCAGCUAAAGAAUUGCCUCAUAGGAAGGCUAUUGACAUUGGUGAUACGACUGAUGAUGGAUUCGAAUUUACCGAUAGUGUCUUUCAAACAGAAGUUCCCUUGCCAGAAGAGGGAUUUGACGUUGUCGAACGAUGGCAACAAGAUACGAAAGUAGCGUCAGAUGAGGAAUCUAACAUAGACGAUGAUAUUGAAGAUGUGUUUGGCGAGGAUGUUAUAUCCGUGUCGUCAUUAGGAACAAAUCCAGACGAUGAUGCGGACAAGUAUGAUACGGAUCUCGAGGAGGAUCUGACUAACUUGCCAGAUACAGAAAAACAGGACGAAGACACAACACCAAAAGGGCGGUACCUAAGAAUAUGCGAGGACAUGGGUAUUCAGCCUGCAUCCUACUUUAUAAAACACAUGUCCGAAACUGAGCUCGUCAUGAAGUUUCACGGACUAGGGCCGGUUGGAAUGAAGGCCAUGGCCGAGUCAUUAAUGAUAAAUACAAUAUUAGAAAAGAUAGACCUGGAAGGGAAUUAUAUCCUCGGAGAGGGUACAUCGCACUUGACAAGAGUGUUAAAGGAGAAUGUCUACGUAACAGAACUGGUGCUAACUGACAAUAAAAUGGGCACCGAAGGGGCUAAAGCAAUAUGUGAACUUCUCAGUGAAAACAAGACAAUUAUACACCUGAACCUUUCGGGAAACGACAUUGAGGACACUGCGGCAGAGUACUUCUAUGAAAUGCUAACAAGAAACGCCGCAAUAAAGACUCUGCUGCUUCAGCACAAUAGUUUCGAAGAGAAAGGAGCGGAAUGGUUCGCCAUGGCCCUCAACGAAAACGUGUCCCUAGAGUCUCUCGAUCUCAGUUGGUGCCAUUUCCAGACCAAAGGUUGUGUUAUGAUCGUUGAGGCAUUAAGAGAGAACGUUGGACUGAAAUACUUCGAUAUUAGCAUGAACGGAUUUGGUCUGGAAGGAGCUAAAGCGAUGGAGGAAACCCUGAAGGAGAACAAAUACCUGAUCAAGCUGAACCUCAGUUACUGCCGUAUCCCUCUGGAGGGCACGCCACACCUUGCUGCCGGGCUACAGACCAAUGACACGCUAGAGGAACUAAAUAUUGGAUUCAAUCCGUUAUCAGCAGAGGGGGGAUAUGCUGUACUUGUUGGAAUCGAGAGGAAUGCAGCAAAAACAUUGAAAAUGAUCGAUUUCGGGAAUUUGAUGAUCAGAAAAAACUUCAAAGAUUUGUGCGAUAGGCUGAGGGAGGAUCGGCCUAUCAAGAUAAAGUUCGGCGGUGUGCUGAGUGACCAGCCACGAGCUAAAAAGAAGGAGGAUGACCCCCUUACGAAACUACUAAACGACCCCCUUAAUAAACUGAAGCGGUUUGUGGAGGAGGCCGGAUACAGGAUGAUCGACCUAUUAAAACAGUUCGAUACAGAUAACAGUUGGUCUAUAUCACUAGAGGAACUUAAGGAAGGUGUACGGAAAACUGGUAUUGAUCUGUCUGACCCUGAAAUCAAUGAGUUGAUGAAGCGUCUGGACAAGGAUGGAAAUGGAGAGAUCGACUUUAGUGAGCUGAUUGAGGGAGAUAAUGAGAAUCGUCUGGCGAGACGAGAGGUCAAAAAGUAUGUGGAGGAAAUGCAACAAAAAGAGGAGCAAAAAGAGAAGCUGGCCAGUGGAGCUGAUCCUAAGUCCUACAUGCAACUGCUGGAAGACACUAGCGCAUAGUAUCAGGGACGUUUGGGACGCUAGACAUUAGUUUAUAUUUUACCACGUCAGUUCACAACAGUAAAGCCAUAUUAUGGUUUUAUCGACGCGGACAUCCAUGGACAGUGUUAUGGAAACUUCUUAUCCAGGACUUCAUGUCGUCGGAACGGGAUAGGAUUAUGAUAAUUCUAGCCACAAUUAUACUAAAGUGAAACACUUUGGAAAUAGACGCGUCUCCGAAGUGUUUGCAAUGGUGUUAUAUUGCAAAAGAAUGUAAACAUUUAACAUAUCUAUACAAUGGAUGCCUGGAUCUUAAGUCCUGACUCAUCGGUUAAAAAUGUCACAGAUGUUUAUUGAUAUUUAUGUUAAAUUAAUUACUCUUUUGUCGAAUGGAUAAUUCAAUCGAAACUUAAUAAAUUUAUAUCUAUCAUUUGUUUUUAAAGCGGAUGCAAACAAAACAAUAUGUCUUCUUCAUCACCUUGAUAGAAGCUACUGAUUAUUGAUAAACACUAACGAGUAUAAACGGUGUCGAUAGAUUUGGCAUUUAUAUUUCUCUGUGAUCGUAAGACACAUAUCAGUGAAGAUCAGAACUAGGUGUGUAGAAAACUCUGGCCAAGUGACAUAUUGGUCAAGUUAGACUUGCGUGUUGAUAUUUAGAAAAUAUUUCUUUUUAUCGUAAAAUUAUACAAAAUAUAAAAACUCAUCAAAUGGUUCAUAUCGUUAUACACUCGUAACCUGUAACCGUAGUUAUGUUUCUUAGCAUUUUAAUACCUUCACCAACCAGAACUUCAGGGAGGAAAUCGGAAUUGUCAUUUACUUUUAAAUUCUAUUUUCAGAAUAAAGAAAGGCGUAACACUAGAAUAAAAUAUGCUAGUCAGACUAAUACUUAAUGUAUGUUUUGUGUUAGUUAAUAGCAUUACAUUUUAACGUAAACCCUAAAAUGACAAUUUUCAAACAUCGAUGUAUGCAAACUACAAGAAUAAAUCUGUGUAUUUUCUGUCAAUCAUAACUUCGAAGUUCUGUGAAAAAAAAUCAUAGAUUGCCAAACGACAUCAAUUGUCUAUCAAUAUUGAAACGCAUUUAACGACAUGAAAUGCGUAUUCAUGUUUUUUUUAAUCUCUUACCAGAUUUGUGUAUAUCAUGGAUUUGAUGUUAAAUUGUUACGAUAUUGCUUUUGUUUUCUUCGCUAAUUAUGUUUAUUUAUUAAAAUAUACUUUAUUUAUUGGUUGUCGAUAAGGACACUCAUAUAAAUAUGUAUUUUGUUAGAAGGAAAAUGCCACUUUCAAAGUUUAUUUGUAUUGUGUACAAAUUAAGUUUUCCUAUGUAUUGAAUGUUUAAAGAUAUGGAUGUGUCGCAUGUGUAAAGGACGAAUGGUUCACAUGUAGCUUGUCCUUCGAUCUAAGUCUGUGAUAUUGGAGUUUUGCCAAACAAAACAAAUACUGUACAAUUAAGAUAAUAAAAUAUAUACAUUUAUCGCAUG